CGGCGGGGGCCGUGACCGGCAGGGGGCGGGGCGGGCUCGAGGCGCGCGCGGCCAACGGUGCAUGCGGCGCAGGCCCAGGCCCAGGCCCGAUGGCGACCACUGCCGCCAUGUCCCUGGGUAAUUACAGCAGCCUGAACCGGGCCCAGCUUACCUUCGAAUACCUGCACACCAACUCAACUACCCAUGAGUUCUUGUUUGGUGCCCUUGCUGAACUUGUAGAUAAUGCCAGAGAUGCAGAUGCCACAAGAAUAGACAUUUAUACUGAGCGACGAGAGGACCUGCGAGGUGGAUUCAUACUGUGUUUUUUAGAUGAUGGAACAGGAAUGGAUUCAAAUGAAGCUGCCAGUGUUAUCCAGUUUGGUAAAUCAGCCAAGCGAUCACCUGAGUCCACUCAAAUCGGGCAGUAUGGGAACGGCUUGAAAUCGGGUUCCAUGCGGAUUGGGAAGGAUUUUAUCCUGUUCACAAAGAAAGAUAACACCAUGACUUGCCUCCUUUUAUCACGGACGUUCCAUGAGGAAGAAGGCAUUGACGAGGUCAUUGUUCCCCUACCCACCUGGAACGCACGGAGCCGUGAACCCGUGACGGACAACAUGGAGAAAUUUGCUAUCGAGACAGAGCUCAUUUACAAGUAUUCCCCUUUCAAAUCAGAACGGGAAGUGAUGGACCAGUUCAAUAAGAUACGUGGUGAGAAAGGCACCCUGGUGAUCAUCUUUAACCUCAAACUAAUGGAUAAUGGAGAGCCAGAGCUGGAUGUGACUUCUGACCCUCAAGAUAUUCAGAUGGCAGAAACACCCCCAGAGGGAACCAAGCCGGAGCGCCGCUCCUUCCGUGCCUAUGCUGCUGUGCUUUACAUUGAUCCCAGGAUGAGGAUCUUCAUCAAUGGACACAAAGUACAAACCAAACGACUCUCAUGCUGCCUCUACAAGCCAAGGAUGUACAAAUACACUUCAAACCGUUUCAAGACCCGUGCAGAGCAAGAGGUGAAGAAAGCAGAGCACAUGGCGAGGAUAGCGGAAGAGAAGGCUCGUGAGGCGGAGAGCAAAGCCCGUGCCCUCGAGCUACGCCUCGGAGGGGAUCUCACGCGGGAGUCCAGGGUGACAUUGCGUCAGGUCCAGAACUCGGCCAUCACCAUGCGGCGGGAGGCUGAUGUCAAGAAAAGGAUUAAGGAUGCAAAGCAGCGGGCACUGAAGGAGCCCAAGGAGCUGAAUUUUAUCUUUGGGGUGAACAUUGAGCAGCGCGAGCUGGAUGGCAUGUUCAUUUAUAACUGCAGUCGGCUGAUCAAGAUGUAUGAGAAGGUGGGCCCACAGCUGGAGGGUGGCAUGGCAUGUGGAGGAGUGGUAGGCGUGGUGGAUGUGCCCUAUUUGGUUCUGGAGCCAACCCAUAAUAAACAAGACUUUGCUGAUGCCAAGGAGUAUCGACACUUGCUGAAGGCCAUGGGAGAGCAUUUGGCUCAGUAUUGGAAGGAUGUUGCAAUAGCCCAGAGAGGUAUCAUCAAGUUCUGGGAUGAAUUUGGUUAUUUAUCAGCAAACUGGAACCAGCCUCCGUCUAGUGAACUGCGCUACAAGCGCAGGAGAGCCAUGGAGAUCCCCACCACAAUUCAGUGCGAUGUCUGUCUCAAGUGGCGGACUCUCCCGUUCCAGCUGAGCUCAGUGGAGAAGAACUACCCUGAUAGCUGGGUGUGCUCCAUGAACCCUGAUCCUGAACAAGACAGAUGUGAGGCUGCAGAGCAGAAGCAGAAGGUACCACUGGGAACUCUAAAAAAAGACUUGAAAUCAAAUGAGGAAAAGCAGAAACAACUGACAGAGAAAAUCCGCCAGCAGCAGAAAAAGCUGGAAGCUCUGCAGAAAACCACUCCAAUUCUAUCUCAAGCUGACUUAACGAGACUGCCUCUGGAAGUGACUACACGGCCUUCAAGGGAGCACACCCGAACUCAGCGCCCACGAUCUCCUCCUUUGCCUGAUGUAAUCAAGAAUGCUCCCAGCAGGCCACCAGGAUCUUCACCUCCUCACAAGUCUUGCACUCACCUGAAAAAGAGCUCUUUAAAUCGUCCAAAUACCAGCUCCCCAAAGCUAGCCAGCAUGCUCUUCAAGGAGGAGGCCAGCACUUCCAGGACACACCAUCACACUGUGAAAACUGGGAAGUCCAACAGCACUUUAAAAACUCUUGCCAAACCAAGUACAAGCAUGAAGUCGCUCUCUGGCCAACAGAGCCCCAAAAGCUCACGUGAGACACCCAAUCCAAAAGCAGCCAAGGUGCCAGCAGUAAGGAAAUCUGCCUCUGGCAGAUGUUUACAGGCCUCCAGCACUCGAAAGAGGGCCUUGAACAUCCCAGAGGAUGGCUCUGAGGAGGAGGGUGAGCCCAAAAAGGAGAGGACAAAACGAGGAAAAUUUUUGGCAGUGAAAGAAGAGAAGGAUUCCAAUGAGGUGGUGGUAGAGCUCACAGACAGUGCUGGAGAGGAAGAGUUGUUGGAACUGAAGAAAGCACAGAAAGAUAAGGGGCUGCACGUGGAAGUGCGUGUGAACAAGGAAUGGUUCACAGGCCGUGUCACAGCUGUGGAAAGGGUCAGGCAUGCAAUCCGGUGGAAGGUGAAGUUUGAUUAUGUCCCUACAGACACCACACCAAGGGAUCGCUGGGUAGAGAAGGGCAGUGAGGAUGUAAGGCUUAUGAAGCCUCCCUCUCCUGACUACCAGGCUCCAGACACACAGCAGGAAGAGGAGGUGGUCAUGGCUGAACCUUCUACCUCAGAUUGCGUCAGAAUCGAGCCUGACACCACUGGUCCCAGCAGCAGCCAAGAAACAGUUGACUUACUGGUCCAGAUCCUUCGGAAUUGUUUGCGAUACUUCUUGCCUCCAAGUUUUCCAAUCUCCAAGAAUGAGCUGAGUUCCAUGAGCUCAGAAGGGUUGUUGGCAUUUCCCUUGGAGCGCACUCUUGGAAAAAUAAUUUGGACCCUUGGCAGACUAACAUAGCUGAGGAAAAGAAUGAGAGCUCUGAGAGAUGCCUUGAGUCUUGUAAGAGUUGUCUGAGGAUUUUUCUAAUUACCAUGCAUGUGUGUGGGAAUGCUGUUGUCUGCUACUAUCUUAAAUUCUUAACCAUUGUUGUUAAACUUCUAAAAAAUAGAGACCAGGUUACAGGACUGUAGAAGCAGGAGGUAGACAUAUCUGCUUGUUUUGCUUUCAGCCUUAUAACUUAUCUGGAGACAAUCUUAUAAAUAAUAACAAAUAAUUAUCCCCAAAUUCACAGAAUAUUCUGAGUUGUAAGGAAGCCACAAGGAUCACUGAGUCCAACUCCUAGGUAAAUGGCCCAUACAGGGUUUGAAGCCACAACGUUAGUGUGGAUUCAAUCCCUUUAUAGGCCAUUUACUUCAGUGUGAGAGAACAUGGAAGUAAACCCCUUCCCACUUCCCCUGGAGAGCAGGUUGACUGCCAGCAAGUCAGCUGCACACAUUAAGACUUUUGACCUCUGUUUAUCUGAACACAGGACAGGUGGGACUGAGCUUCCACCAGCAGCCGGGUACUAGGAAGAAUGUUACCUGGUACUAGUGCUGGCUGGAAUGCAGGGCAAGAGAACUGGCCUCUCUUACUUUUUCCUUCUCCAACAUACCACCAAGAGAGACCUUUCCAAGGAGGCACAUGUAAAAAGCCACCUGCAGAUGAGCACAUGACCAAAGAUAGUUCUGUUUUGCAUUCCCAGACUUGCAGUGUGUGUAUUGACAGUCUCUCUCUUGUCUCCUCCCCUGCUGUUAACUCUGGUAUCUGCUGGCAUUUGCUGGAGUUACUGUUCCUGCUUCUUCCAUGGGACACAUUGGUUGUGGCUGGGGCUUUUGGUUACUGUAGCUGUCCCUACCUUGCAGUGAGAAGGUGUGAUGUCUGGGUGAUCUGUACCAAGGAUACUCACAGUUUACAGGGUGAAACAGGCCUGCAGCAUACCUGUGGGUUCAUGCUUUUUAAAGUACCCAUUGCACCCUUAAUCUAAAUUCAAGCAGCUUUGGGGGCAGUUCUGGUAUUGGAAGAAAUUGAAAACUGUGUGAAUUCUGUGCUGGCUGGUGUAGGCAAAUCAGAUGUAAAUAUAAGUGUGAGCAGAGUGUGCAGGGGCACACUGCAGGGUGGAUUUGAUCAUGGGGGCCAGGAGUUUGGAUCUUCUACAGCGUGAGUGCUCAUGUUUUUGUGAUGCUUGGUGCUUUCUCUUAA